UCACAAUUGACGUCUCUCCACCAAAGUCGUAUUGUUUAUCUUCAUAUUUUCCAGUUUUUAGUAGCUCGUUCUAAUUGCGUUCCUGGUGUAAUGUAAAUCAAACCCUUCGACUUCCCUGUCCGUGUGUUCAGAGAGUCAUGUAUCCACCGUUCAGCAUAAUCUCUGCCCUAAUAUGCUCGCUACUGUUUUCGCAACCAUGCAGCGCCUUCCCAACGUAUCGCAUCGAAGAAAGUCCCGUAUCGAACGAUCCGCUCUACACGGACGGAGUGUACUUUGAGGAGCUGAAAACGAUAAAGGUGCAGGUAAGCUCGUGGACGCUGCGGGCCAAUUACGAUAUAGCGCUUUUCAUCGAUGAAAUCGCAACGGCAAAUGCAACCGUCGCCAAUCUGCUGCAAGCGUGCGCCGAGAUGCAGGCGAAGCGCAUUGGCAACUGCGACGGGAUCCUCAACAUUCUGGGCCUGAACAAGGAGCUGAACGAUUUCAGCAUCCUGCUCAGGAGCUUCUGCGAAGAGGAGGGGAGGACAGGUGGCCCGAGACGCACGAAGCGAGGCAUAUUUCGAUCCUGGUUCGGGCUGAUGGACGAUGAGGAUAGAAACGAUAUACACAGCAAAUUCGAUAAGGUGAAUCAGCAGCUCACCAUCGAGUCAUCGUCGCUCAGGAUGUUCUACAACACUACGAACGAGGCGUUGGCCGUGCUUUCCGGCAAUACGUUCCAGGUCGAUCCGAAGCGGCCACACACGAUCGAUUUUACGCGCGAGGGUCAGCUGCUGCUGAUGGACAUACUGCUGAACAAGAUCAUCGCCAAGAAGAACCUGUUCAUGGAGCUGCUGCAGAGCACCACCUCGAUGGGGCUCAGCGACAGUAUCAUCUCCCCCACGCAGCUACUGGCCGAGCUGCAGAAGGUGCAAAAGUUUCUGCCGGAAGAGUUCAUCUUCCCGGUGGAGCUGAAACUUCGCGAAAUGCUCAAACUGUACCCGCUGUCGAAGGUGAUCGCCAACGUGGACGGGUGCCGGGUGGUGGUCAACAUCAUUAUACCGCUCUGCAACCGCUUGCUGUACCGCACGCUCAAAGGGACCAGCGUGCCGAUGCUUUCGGAGGACGGCAUCAUGAAGAUGUACGUGCUGGAUCGCGACAUUAUGGCGUACAACAGGACGUCCCACACCGGCAUGGUGAUGACGUUCGACGAGUACAAACAGUGCACCCAUCUGACGGACUUUACGCUCUGCAACGCGCACCACCUGAUGCGCAACCUGUCCACCACCGACGACUGCAUCGUGGCGACGUACUUCAACGCCACGGAGCGCGAUUCGGACUGCCGGCUGACGCGGGUACUGCUGCGCAACCAGCUCUGGAUACAGCUGGCCGAUCCGAACGUGUGGAUUUACGUGAUGCCCAACUUUACCGCCAUCACCGUGCAGUAUGGCGCCAACCGGCAGAAAUCGCUCACGCUGCACGGCGUCGGCAUGCUGAAGCUGCUCCAAAUGUGCCACGUGCGGUCGAUGGACGUGCUGCUGCAGUACGUGCCGCAGCUGGGCGGCACGAAAAUAAGCGCCGUGUCGGACGGAUUUAGCCGCCCGGUGAAGAUUACGCGCGAACAGUCGCUGAUCAUAUCGGGCAGUGCGAACGACAACAGCCGCAUCAUACCGGUGGGCAAAUCAACCGAGGCGCAGCUGAGCGAGUCGGCCCGCGUUGCCGGGAUCUAUCGCGAACCCGGCCGUCUUUCGCCGUGGAUUAUCGUGGGUAUCGUUUUCGGCGUGUUUCUGGUACUGCUCGCGGCAAUGCACGUGUUUCUGCGCCAGUUUUCGAUCAAGCGACGAUCGCGCAUGGCCGAGGCGGAUGGGGCACCUGCGUUAGAUUCGACGCAGCAGCAGUGGAUUCCGGCCGACAAUACGCAGCUCACAUCGGUCGAUACCUCCCUGCCGAGGUAAACCGAAAUGGAACGGAAAGGUAGGCGAAGAGUAAGCACUAACCCGAUUGCCUUGAUCGAGCCCUACUGGCAACGAAUUACCAAAGCGUACGUAAACACGAAACAUUAUGCGCACAAAAGACACAUGGUACACCGGUGGCGUACUGUGAGGGGAUUUAUAGUGAAAUAUUUAAUCAACAAAAAGGAUAAUCAAACGACAAUACGUACAACGCAUUUUUGAACGUAUUGGCGUAACUAUUGUGAUACAAAAGGCUUGAUUGAAGAUGCGAGAAGCUUAUUUUUGUACGGAAUUUUACCACUGCACUCGAUUUGUGUGGAAAUCGAACUGCGCUAGUGGUUCAGCAAGGUGUGAAGAAACAUUUUAUCGCUUAGAGAUGCAUAUGAACGUUAUAGUGUGCAAAUAAUUUAGAAGCCAGCCAUACAUAUUAUACAACUACACGUAUUUACUCCAUUUAAAAAGAGUACAUAGAGCUGCUUUUUAAUGAUGAAGAAGGUCUAAACGAAACUUUAGUACCAGGCCAAUAAAUAGUGAUAUUUUCGAUUAACAUUAGCCCUUUAAAGCAAUUGGCUUAAACUUACAGCAAAAUUAUGACUUCUUUGACGUUUUUGGCUAAUUUUUAUGAUAAAUUUUGUAAUUUAUGAAAAUGGAGUUCUCAUAAUGUAUUGAAAUAUUUGCAAAAUAACGUAAACUAAAAAAAUACUAUCGCUUUUUCCUCCAAAAUCAACUUUCAUUUCAACUAAUGGACUUUUCAUGUGACGAUUUCUCAUGUUUUUCUAGUUGGAAAAAACGACGCUAUAAGAAAAUUUAGUUAAAUUUGGCCUGUUUUUAGUUUAUUGGUGUCCCUUUACUUUUUCUGUAUAUGUUAUAUUGCUUUAUCAGAAAAGAAAAUUAUAACCUUUUUUGCGACAACAAAACGAAUGCAGAGAGAGAGACAGAGAGUGUUAUUUGUACUCCGUUAAAUUGUUGAACCAUAAGCGAAAUAAAAGUGAAAAGUAAA